UCAUCUGAUAAUCCCCUGUGUGUACAGGAUACAGAAGGGCCAGAAUUGUAACCAUAACAACCUGAAAUACUUUGAUAGUGUCAGUUGAAAGUUGUGAGGGUUUGCGCAGACCAGUCAUUCCUGGGAGAUGUGUGCCCUGUAUUGUGUGGAGAAAUCAAUAGCCCUGUUCCAUUGACUAAGCAUAGUAAGUAAAGACAGAAGGCUUAUCGCUUGUAGGGGGCCACCGCACUUACUGGAACAGCAAGUCCAUGAAUUAUGUACGUAGUACGUUGGUAAUGCUUGAUUCCUACACAUGGCUCGGCAGUAGCCCCGGAGUGUAUCAGUGAGGCAAGUGGCUGGCAUCGGCUCUCUGGCAUCACUACAGGGCUGGCCGGACGGACGCUUGUACACACAGCCAGAGCGGUGACAGUCAGUCAGGCUGGUUUGUUGCACAUGGAUCUACUCUAGGGGGACACUACAUUAAGGAUGGCUUUGAUACUGCAUCUCAAAUAUGCAGAAAAUUUACGUGGAAAGGCGGAUCGCCUUGCCAAAGUGUCAUUCCGAGGUGUGUCCCACUACACAAGGACCCAUGAAAACUCAGAAGACACAUGCCUAUUUGAUGAGUCAUUUGAGUGGCCAGUGGCUCGUCCUAUUGAGAGUGAAGAGGUUAUUGACAUUCAGGUGUUCAACUACAACAAAUACCUCAGUAACAGACUGGUGGGGACCUUCCGGAUGAUACUGCAGGAACUCAUUGAAGUUGGCAAUGUCAAGAUAUCCGACUCGCUGCUGGAUGCUAACAAUGUGGUUAUGAGAACAACACUGACCUUUGAACUGACAUAUAACGCCCCAGAUGGGAGUGUAGGGAUGUGGCAGAAGGGAGGGUUUGAGAAACUGAAGAGUGACGAGCUUCGACGACCAUUGUCAGAGGACGAGAGGAAUCAGAUGAACAUCCAGAAAUCUGACAAUGAGCUUCAUCCCCCAGACUCCGAUUCUAUCAAGUCGUCACCCUCCAAGAGCUCAUUCAAAGGUUCCAGACUCAGUCUGGCAUCAAAGGCAUCAUCUGGAAGAGCAAAAUCCCCCAAGAACCCAAAGAACCUGACAUCUGUAGUGAAGAUGAUGAUGAGCAAGAAGCAGGAAGAUGACAAACAGGCUCUCAUUGAUGAUCUGGACUCAGACUCCCAUGAGCUGGAUGCAAAGGCAGCAGAAGUGGCCUCCAUGUUGGCAUCUACAGCCCAGGAGCGACUCAUGGAUGACAGCCAGAGCCUAGACAGCCAAGGCUCCACCAUCACCAUGUCCGGCACCGCCAAAAAGAUGAGGUCCCGAGUCAUUCCAGAUGCUCCCACACUCAAGAGCCAAGAUUUCCAAGUGUGUAUCACAAUCAUUGAGGCCCGUCAGCUGGCAGGAUUGAACAUGGACCCGGUAGUCUGUGUCCAGGUGGGGGACCAGAAGAAGUUCACCAGUGUCAAGGAAUCCACCAACUGCCCAUACUACAACGAGUAUUUUGUGUUUGAUUUUCACCUGCCUCCUGUGAUGCUGUUUGACAAAAUUGUCACUCUAACGGUGCUACAUUCUCGUAACUUCCUCCGUUCCGGCACCAUUGUAGGCAGUUUCAAGUUAGAUGUCUCCACAAUAUACAUGGCACCUGACCACCAGUUUUACCACAAAUGGGCCAUGCUGACAGAUCCAGAUGAUAUCAAUGGUGGAGUGAAGGGGUACCUAAAGUGUGACAUUGCUGUCAUUGGUAAAGGGGACUCAGUGAAGAUAAGACGAAGCUGCGUUCCUCCAAAAUCUGACAAAGAUGAAGAUGAUAUUGAAGCAAACCUGUUACUGCCGGAUGGAGUGCCGGCUGACCGACAACGAGCCAAGUUCUAUGUGAAGGUGUACAGAGCAGAGGGUUUGCCCAAGAUGAACACCGGCAUCAUGGCUAAUGUCAAGAAAGCAUUCACUGGAGAAAGCAAGGACCUUGUGGAUCCGUACGUUGAGGUCUCCUUCGCUGGACACAAGGGUCGAACAUCAAUCAAGAAAGGGUCAUAUGAACCUGUUUGGAAUGAGCAAGUUGUAUUCACGGAGAUGUUUCCCCCUUUGUGUCGGCGCAUCAGAAUACAACUGAGAGACAGUGACAGUGUCAAUGAUGAUAUCAUUGGCACUCACUUCCUUGAUCUGUCACACAUAUCGAAUGAAGGAGAAAAAGGUUUUCUGCCAACCUUUGGACCAUGCUGGGUAAACCUGUAUGGUGCCACCCGCUACUACCAGCUCCUGACAUCACAGACUCACCUCAACGAUGGAUUAGGUCAAGGUGUAUCAUUCAGGGGAAGAUUACUUGUAGCAAUAAAGAUGGAGAUCCUGGAGAGCAUGGAGAGUGGACCUGCUACAGUGGAUGUGGAAAAUGCCCUUCCUAUCUCAGAGAAUGCAGCAGGUAGACCGGAGGAGUAUUUCCUGUAUGGCUGCUUCCUUGAAGCAUCCAUGAUAGAGAAGAAAGUUGGAGACAAACCUGUGCACUUUGAAAUCAGUGUUGGCAAUGCAGGCAAUGUGUUGGAUGGUUACAACCCACCCAGCCGCAACAGUCGAAGCAGCAGUGACAGUGAUGAGCCAGAGCAGGACAGUGACUCUGAAGAUGAGUCUGGUUCUCGCAUGGAGAUACCUAAGUGGCAGAGUAUGACCCCUGGAACCAAGCCUGUGACCCGGGACAAGUGCUACUACCACCUCCCCUACUAUGAGGACAAGCCAUGUGUGUACAUCAAGGAACUGUUUGAGGACCACCGCAGGAGGAUGUACAACUGCAACAUCAUAGAGAAAGUUGUUGAGAAACUGGAAGCUGGUAUAUCUGAGGUGCAGGACAUGAUCAAGUCUGAGACUCCCUUCCCUGAGCGGCGUCUGAGGGGUGUGUUUGAGGAGCUGGGACAGGGGUGCUCCAAGUUCGUGUCUCUGGUGAAAGGCACAGCAGGGGGCUCAGCAGCCAAGACGAAGCUGGACAAGGAGAGGCACAAGCUCUUAGUCAGAGAAAUGGAUCAGCAGUCUACUCUGGCCAGAACAAUGAAGGCCACAGUGACCAAGACCAAUAUGAGGGAGAAGAUGCGCAGUGCAAACCAGUAUCUAAACAAACUGCGCAAUCUCAUGAAUGAGCCCCAGCAUGCAGUGCCAGACAUGUUUGUGUGGAUGAUUGCUGGACAGAAGCGUGUUGCAUACCAGCGGGUGAAGUCUCGGGAUAUCAUCUACUCAAUCGUGGAUGAGGAAAGGGGCAAGUUCUGUGGCAAGGUCCAGACUAUGCUUCUCAGGCUGCCAGGGAAGAAGGCCGAGGGGCAGGCCGGCUGGAACAUCCAGGCCAAACUGCAGCUGUACCUGUGGCUGGGGCUGUCCAAACACAAGAAGGACUAUCUGAAGGGCCUUCCAGGGGGCUACGAGGAGACCAAGCCUCUCAAGCUGUCCUGCAAACCUCAGGGAUAUCCACCACCUUUUGUGCACUACAAAGAAAAGCAGGUGUUCCAACUGCGUUGUCACAUGUACCAAGCAAGACAGCUGAUUGGAUCAGAUGCUUCUGGGUUGUCGGAUCCUUUUGCCCGUAUUGCCUUUGCUGACCAGAGUGCAUGCACUCAGGUGAUAGAGGAAACACUGAGCCCGACAUGGGAUGAAAUGCUCAUCAUUAAGGAGGUGGAGGUGUAUGGACUCAUGGAGGAGAUUGUGGAUGACCCUCCCACCAUCGUCGUGGAAAUAUUUGACCAGGACAAAGUGGGGAAAUCUGAGUUCAUAGGCAGAGCCCUUUGCAAACCUGUAGUGAAGCUGAGCAAUGAGAAGUAUGAUGGGCCCAAGUUCCCCCCUCGUCUUGAGUGGUGGGAUGUGAGGCGUGGUCCAGAUGAGGCUGGUGAGCUCCUGUCAACAUUUGAACUCCUACAGUACCCAUUUGAUGAGCGUGACCUACGGAGUGCCUAUCGUACCCCGCUAUAUGCCAGGAAGACAUUGGCACCAUUUGGUGACAGGACUGGCCAAGACCUUCCCCCAAUGGAACUACCCAAUCAGGACAAAGACAGAGGCCCAAUAAUGCCAGUUCCAAAAGGCAUUCGACCAAUCCUAAGCAAGCACAGAGUAGAGAUUCUGUUCUGGGGAGUGAGGGACCUGAAGCGAGUGCAGCUGCAGACCGUGGAUCAUCCCCGAAUUGAUGUGGAAUGUGCAGGCCAUGUCCUCCAGUCAUCUAUAAUCCUCAAUACCAAGAAAAACCCAAACUUCAACAUUCCAGUGAAAUACUUUGAUGUGGAACUGCCAGAGAAUGAGAUGUACUGUCCCCCUAUUUCGAUCCGGUGUGUUGACUGUCGAAGUUUUGGUCGCUUUGUGCUUGUGGGCACACACGUCAUCAGCAAUAUCCACAAAUUUAUGUUUGUGCCCACCACCAAGAAGGCCAAGAAUGUUCUCCAGAAGCUCUUCCCAGGUGAAUCUGCCCAAGACCUUGUUCAGCUGCAAAGCACCCCUCCUCCUGUGGUACAUGAAGCCCCACCCACUGCCGCUCCAGGCCAACCCACCAUCUUGCUUGAUGUCAAAAUGCUUGAUGUGCCCCUCAAUCAAACUAAGACAGAAACUCCAAAUGAAACAUCUUGUGUUGAGACAGAGGACUCAAAUCAAACCACUCUGGAUAUCCCGAGUAAGGGAAUUGAUGCCACCAAGGUCAUCAGGACAGGGCAGGUUUCUGUGAAGGCAAAUGAUGUCGCCAUCACCAUCAACGAAUCUCAGCCUCUUAUAAAGAAGGAACAGCUUAUCACGAUCAACACAGGAGAUGCGCCAAGUGCCAAGGACAUCAAGACAGCUGAAAACAGGAAAAAGAAGCGCCAGUCCAUUGACGACGAUGAGCCAGAUAUGGAGAGCCUCGAUUGGUGGAGCAAGUAUUUCGCCUCGGUGGAAACCAUGAUACGAGCCCCAAGAAAAGAUUCAUGGUGUGAGGACCACGAGAAGCUGCGAGAUGAUGGUGACUUGGACAUGGAGAAUAAGGCCCCCCAUCAACCACAACACUCUACCACUCCUUACGGCGCCAUUCCUAAUGGGCAGGCAGAACAGGAAGAUGACACAGACCCAAAACAUGCUAAAAAGAUGGAGAAGGAACUGAAGAAGAUGGAGAAGAAGGAGGCUGGAGACAAGAAGACCCUGAAGGGAACUGCAAAAGCCGUCAGUCUGGCAAAACAGCUCUCACCUAAAACUCAACGCAAGAAGGACAAAUUGCUCAACUCUACAUCGCAGCUCAAGUUCCAUGGUAUUGUAAACAAGUUGAUGAGACGAGAGAUUGAGGAGGAGACAAAGGAAGAGAAAAAACAGGAUUUGGAGGGUAUCUUCGAGGUUUUUCCCAAUGAACUUGAGAAUCAGUCUGAGUAUGAAGGAUUCCGGGAGUGGCUUCACACAUUUGAGUUGUACCGUGGCAAAAAGACAGGAGACGAGGAGGCAGAUGAGAGCAGAGUGGUUGGCAAGUUCAAGGGUUCCUUGAAGAUCUACAAGUACCCCCUUCCCCCCGACAUUGAGGACACCACCAUCACAGGAGGAGACCCUGCCUUUGGGUUGUUUCAGGGGCUGCCAAGCAAUGACCCCAUCAAAGUUCUGGUCCGGGUGUACAUAGUCAAGGCCAAUGAUCUUCACCCUGCUGACAUUAAUGGCAAGGCUGAUCCCUACCUGAUCAUUAAACUGGGCAAGACAACCAUCAAUGACAAAGAGAACUACAUCUCAAAACAGCUGAAUCCUGUCUUUGGAAAGUGUGUUGAGAUUGAAGCCACGUUCCCUAUGGAGUCCCUGCUGUCAGUACAGGUGUUUGACUGGGACCUGGUUGGAAUGGAUGACCUCAUAGGCGAGAGUAAGAUUGAUCUGGAAAACAGGUUCUACAGUCGGCAUCGGGCCACUUGUGGACUGGCUCAAAAAUAUGAACUGCAUGGUUACAACGCCUGGCGGGAUCCCCAGAAACCAACCCAGAUCUUGAUGAAGAUGUGUAAGGAUGGCAAGGUGGAUGGACCCCACUACCAGGCCGGCAAGGUCAGGGUUGCAAACAGGAUCUUCACUGCACCACUUGAGAUCGAAGAUGAAAAUGAUGAAGAUGAGGAUAGGAGACCCAAGAAAAAACGCAGAAAAUCUAAGGGUGUGAAGAAGGCAACAGAUGAGCAUCUUGCCCUGGCUGUGUUGAACCACUGGGAGGAGAUCCCCAAAGUGGGCUGCAAACUGGUGCCUGAACAUGUGGAGACCCGGCCUCUCUACAACCCAGAGAAACCAGGCAUUGAACAGGGCAAGAUUGAGAUGUGGGUGGAUAUGUUCCCCAUGGAUAUGCCCUGUCCAGCAGCACCAGUAGACAUCUCUCCACGCAAGCCCAAGAGCUAUGAGCUUCGCUGCAUCAUCUGGAACACUGAUGAUGUUGUGCUGGAAGAUGACGCUUUCUUCACAGGAGAGAAGAUGAGUGACAUCUAUGUGAAAGGCUGGGUGAAAGGUUCAGAUGACAUGCAGAGCACAGACAUUCACUACAGGUCCCUGACAGGUGAGGGCAACUUCAACUGGAGGUUUGUGUUCCCCUUUGACUACCUGGUUGCUGAGGAGAAGAUUGUCAUCUCGCGUAAAGAAACCUUGUUUUCCUGGGAUGAGACGGAGUCAAAGAUACCUGCCAGACUCAACCUGCAAGUGUGGGAUGCUGACCACUUCUCAGCUGAUGAUUUUCUCGGUUCCCUGACUUUGGACAUGAACCGUUUUCCACGAGGAGCAAAAUCUGCAAAGCAGUGUUCGUUAGACAUGCUUAAGACUGAUGGAAGUGUACCACAAAUGUCACUCUUCAAACACAAACGGGUCAAGGGAUGGUGGCCCUUUGCUGUCAAGAAUGAGUCAAAUGAUGAAUUAGAGCUCACGGGGAAGGUCGAGGCAGAGCUGCAUCUGCUGUCUGUAGAGGAGGCCGAGAAACACCCUGCAGGACUGGGGCGGAAUGAGCCAGACCCACUGGAAAAACCGAACCGGCCUGACUCCUCGUUCAUUUGGUUCCUCAAUCCGCUCAAGUCCAUCCGUUACAUUUUGUGGCACAACUACAAGUGGGUGAUCUUGAAGGUGUUCAUCGUUCUCCUUCUGUCAGCCAUACUGGUCCUCUUCUUCUACUCCAUGCCUGGUUACACAGUGAAGAAGAUGUUUGGAGCUUGAUGGCUGGUCACUGGGCAACGAUCGGUGUGAUUGACUGAAUGCUACUGGAGUCCAGGAGGUUUGAGGUAGCCUUCAGUCAAUCAAUACUGGAUUGUGACUGGAAGACUGGUGCCAGUGACCUUUCAUUGGAUGGAUCUCAGGCUUUUGAAUUUAAUCUGGAUCAAUUAAAUCAGUGAGCAAUGUAUGAGACUGGUUGAUUUGAAGAGAAAGCUGUCUGUGAUUGGUUUAAUACGACUGUGAUUGUAAGCAUUUUCAACCACUGCAUCUGUUUAUGCUUUGGCAAUUUUACCACAAUCAGUAUGGUAUUGACAGAUGCAUUGGAACUGUGACUGGUUGAAAUAAUGAAAACUGGUAUCUGAUUGGCUGCAUUGGUGCAUAAAGUGUUGUCAUGACAAUAAGAAUGAUGUUCCUGAAUAGGUGGAACUGUUUAAAUGUAGUAGUUGUGAGCUUGGUUCACAUCACAUUAUCUACACAAUUUUAUUCUGUUUCAACGAGGCAACGACUCACAAGUAGUCUGUAGGUACUUUCAAACCAGUAGUCAUGUUCAAGCCAACAUCAGAAAUGUCACAGCAGUAGGACAUAGAAUUUUCACUUUCAUUUUUGUCAGUUAAUUGAUGAAAUGUACUUAAACAAGGAAGGAGUUUUUAAAUAUAAUAGUAGAUAGGCUGUUAUGAAGUAAUAUUCUGAGAUGUGAACUAACCUUGUGACCUAGCUCCUUGUCUACAGCAGCAUGACUGGCCACCUCCAUUAACUAUACAAUGUUGGGAACACCACCCAAGUCUGUGCAAUAACAUCUUGAUAUUGUUGUAUGUCUCCUUGCCACCUGUAUCUUCUGUGCAUGACAAAAUGUCAUAUCAUGUAGAAAGAUUAGCACUGUGUACGGUUUGCAGGAGUUGAGAUAGUUGUCACACUCAAUCAAGGAUUAGACAAUGUUUAUUGACAAUUUGUGCCAAAUGUGUUCCUCUGUAUGCCUUGUACAUGAAUGUAUCAGUACUCAAGCAAGACAGUUCCAUUAUUACACUAAUUGGUAAGUUAAUUUAUUCAUUUAAUUUUAUUCAUGAUUUAUUGUGCGAUAUAUUCACAUCAAGUUGUUUCAAUCAAACUGUCCCAUGUUACUUGAAAAAGUAAAUUGGAAUUUAUUGAUUAUUCAAAAAGUGAUUAUCAUCCCAAUAAUGCAUCAUGUCGCCAUCUAUUUAAGGCAUUGUUGAGAAAUGUUUUUCUUUCAAAUCAUUUUACCCUUGAUUGAGUGUGCACAGAUACAAAACUUGUUCACAGAGGAUACAGAUUGUUGUUUUACUUAUAUAGAUCCACGUGAUUUAGACAUUGCACAGGAGAACUUGUCCAAGCAUUCCCACUCUAUAUUGUAUAAAUGUACAAAGCAUGUAGUCAGGUAGUUGUUUUGUCCCCAUUCUCAAUGUCUGCAUCAGGGCACAAAUACUUAGUAUCUACAUCCCCGUACAGUGUUCAUACUGAUGACAAGUACUGUCCCCAGAACCUGUUGAUCGGAGUGCUCCAGGCUUGGUACUUUGUUAAUGUUAUACUCUUACUGUAAAAAUAUAUUUCCAUGACAACCUGUUUAUUCAAUGUUGCUGUACAUUCAGUCUGUAAUAUUUCUAAGGCCACAAUGUUUUGCCAAAGAUCUUUGUACAGGAUGAAGCAAUGCGUACAGUCUGUACUCGUUAAGUAGGUUCAGCGUCAUUAAAACACCUGGACUACUGAAUACUUGGGUCCAGGUCAAGUCCCCUUUCAUUUAUCAGGUGUCCCAGCUGAACAAGACAAGGCAGGCAGGUAGGUAGGUAAGGUUUUAGGGCGACCUUGGGCCUCAAAAGGCCUAUAUGUGCCCAAUCAAGACAAGGCAGUUUGCUUUGCAGAGUUACAUCCCUUUGUUGUAUCAGAAUACUGUGGUCAUUAAGAAUCCUAGAUUUGUCCCUGUUAUGAAUCUUGGUUUGUAACCACCCAUGUGGGAUUCACCAGUGUGGUAAAUGUCUAGACCUCCAUCAUGUUUGAUUCAGCAGACAUGCAAUAAUAUAACUAUGGUACUGUUCAAAGCUGUGUUAAGCCCAGCCCACUCACCCACUUAAACUUUAUUUAUUUAUUCUUUAUCUUCCAAUAGAUAGAUGUUUUGGGUCACCUGAACAUAGAGAAUUUGUUCAUUUAACAAACCUGGAAAAUAUUUAAUCUGCUGACUGCAAGUUCAUGUUGAGCAUGUUCAUCAGAAUGUUCUGUUAUCAAGCAGGAUAUUUCUCUGUUCCUUAACUCAACAGGUCUGUGCAUCAAUAAUAUGACAAUCUGUUGUGGAUAGACUGUUGGAAUCAAUGAAACAGUAGCCCAUGUAAGUACAUAGUUAGGCUCAGGCCAACUUAAAGAGAAUCGACUGUACAUGUGAAUGUAAUGCUUCAUCUUGCCCCAAAUUUGACACGAAGACCUAAGUCGUUUCUCAGUAAUAUCCCAAAACUACAAGUCCCAUAAAGAUGUUUAGUUACACUUUCAGAUGUCAGUUAUUGGCCAUACAUUCAAGUACCACUUCAGUGUGGCUGAUUGUACUUAGGGGAGGCAAACUGCAGUGCAUGAUGACUGACAGCUGCUUAAUUCACAACAUCCAACCCAAGCCGCUACAAAUGAAUUAGUUCUUGUAUAUUAGUUACAACACAUCAUGAUGCUGGAAUCAUCACUGUAGUGAGAUGACAUAUAUCUUACAAUGUAUCAGGUAAGACCUCUUACAAACAGCAUCAAUCUUUAAAGCUAUGAAACUUCUUGUCAUUUGUAAUAGAAAAUACUUUGACAUUUCCAGAAAGACAUAUUAUUUGUGUAAAUCCAAGCAUGUAUGAGCAUCUUGAAGCCAUCUUGGAUUCAUAUGUGACCUGUUCCAUUUUAGGGUGAACACAUUAGAGGAAACGUUUCCAGAGAGCAUGAUCAGUUUAAUUACCACUGCUAUAUGUAACUGUUUGGUAAUUUGUGUCAUGUUUCCUUGUCAACAAGUCAACACCAUUCCUUGGACCAAACACUGAAGAUGUCCAACUAGAACUACAAGUAACUACAACCAGAAAUUAAAACAUGCAAUUAUUUUUAGAUAUUAUGCUGGAAAAUGUUUUGCUCCAAGAACUAAAAUUACUUCAUUUGGACUCAGUUCUUCAGUUGCUGUAAUACAGUUCUCCACAGUGUGUGUGUUUUUCUGUCACCUUAUGUACAGUAUGUCUAUGGUUCAUGUGAAUAUGUAUACAAAGUGUACUGGCCUAAUUGUACCAGUAUGGUUGGUGUGUCUGUGUUUGGCUCACAGAAUGCUUGCAUGGUUCCAUAUGUUGACAGCUUGAACCUACACAUACAGGACGACACCAGAGCUUCAGUGCCUAUAUUAACUCUUUUCAAUGUGUAAUGCAUCUCAAAGGUCGUUCUAAGGUGUUAUGGAUUUGAGAUAAAUUACUACAUAAUUUUACGUUUUUUCAAAUAGUUAUCAUCAAACCCUGUCUGUAUAAAAUUACCAGUCAAUACUGACACCAAACAAAGGCCAAUGCCAGUUUCAUUUACUGGUCAUUGCACAAAAUCCCUGUCACACACAUUUAAAACAUUUUUUGGUUUGUCCAACUUGUGAAACAAUAUUUUGUUGUUGACAAGAAGUAAUCCCAUUUCUUGGAUCAGGUCACAUAAGGAAUGCAUGUAGUGAGAACCAUUACCUAGUCCAUCACAUGCUUUACUGUCAUGCUUUUGUAAGAUGCCUUCACCACUUGUAGACAAGCUGCCUUCACGUAAGGAUGUUUAUAUACAUACUCUCUGUAGAUAUGUAGAAAUGAUGUGAUUGGUAGAUUAUUCACACCACAUUGUUACAUGACCUGUUGAGUUUGAAUCCUGUUACUUGUUAACAGUUUUAUCAUUUGAGUUUCCUAAUGAGCAUAUUCAGUCUAGAAACAUCAACUAUCCUUCUGGUUGACAUGGAUUAUAUUACAAAUGUUAAUUACCAACGUAUCAAUGAAUUCUCUGUGUGGAAGCAUAGUGGAAUGGUCACAUUGCAAAAUACCUUCUACACCUGUUUUCAUUGGAUACUAACUACCAUUCUUGAUAUUCAUCCAAAGUGGUAUUUACUCAUCCAAAUAAAAUGUCUGCAUUAGGCCAUGUUUAUUGU